AUGUCAUUUCACAGAAGUUCUAAUGAUAUUAGACCAAGUGACUGGAUUUGUUUAGAAUGUACAACUAAUAGUCAUUCAAAUAGAAAGAUUUGUUUUCAAUGUCCAACAACAUAUGAAGAAAAUUUGAAGAAAGAAAGAAGCGGGUCUUUUUUUGUGGGAUCAAAUGUUUCUGAUACAUUAAUUAUUAGAAAUCUACCUAAUCGUAAAGUUGAGGAUAGUGAGAUGAUAAAACUUUUAAGUAAAAAUCAAAUGCAAGUUAAAAAAGUAUUUUUUGAGACAAGAGGAAAUUAUUGUUUUAUUCAAUAUGAAAGUGAAAGAUUGGCAAAAGAGAUGAUGGAUUAUAUUAUGAAAAAUGGUUUAAAAAUUGAUGGUAAUCAUAGUUUAAUGCCUGCAUAUUCAGCAAUAUCUAUGAAUAAAGUUUUAGAACUCGAUUAUCCAUCAAGAGUUCGUUUCACAUACCAAGGUUGUCCUAAAAAUAAAGAUGAUUGGGUAAAUAAAACCGCACAAGCACGUCAAUUGGCAAUGAAUGCUCUUGGAUCAGGUCAAAUGUGUAAUUCAAUUAUACAAAAUCAUCAUAAUGUCCCAAAUAUAGAUGGAGCAAGUCAUAAUUUAUCUGUUGGUAGGACGAUUCAAACACCUUUUGGAACUAAUCUUGUUUAUGAGCGUCCUAAUCCUAGAACUUUUCAAAAAUCUUAUGGAAAUGAACCAUAUUAUUUAGAUACAAAAACUGGUUUUCGUUAUGAUCCCUCUUCAACAUAUUUUUUUGAUCCCACUGAACAUAUCUGGAAGAUGUGGGUUGAUAAAUAUUUUACAUAUAUUCCUGUUGAAGGUGGUGAUCAAAGUUUAAAAAAAAGGUUACUUGAAGAGACUAAAAGAUUACCAAAUUUUGAGCCAUCAUUUUUUGCUAGUAAUGUAUAUCCAUCACCAAAAACUCCAAAAGAAAAAGUUAAAGAAAAUGCUAUCAAAAUUAAAGAGAAAAUAAAGAGUGAUAUAAUAUCAACAGUUAGUGUACCUAUUAAAAAAGAAAUUGAAAAACCUAAAAAAAUACCUAUGUCAUUAAAAAAUGCACAUCAAAUUCGUAUUAAUAUUGGGUCAGCAUUAAAUACACCAUCAACACAAAAUAUUUCAAAAAAAGAUAAUCCAUUUCAAAAUGGAGAUGAUGAUGAAGAUAUGGAUAUUGAUGAAGUUAGACCAUAUAAAAUUAAACAAAAAGAUGAUUCGAAAAAAUGGUUACUUAAAAAUCGAAAUUCUUAUACAUAUGAUUCUAGAAAAGUUGUUCCAGUAUCAACUGAAAUUCCAACUCAAAGUAUCUCUUCAAAAGUAAUUGAUAAAAAUACUUCAGAUGAAGAUUUAGAUAGAAAUAUAGAUAAUGGAAAGUAUGAUUUUCUUUUACCUGAAUUUUUUCAAUAUAUUCGUACAAAUAUGGUUGUUAAAAGUUUAGAGGAAAUUGAAGCUAAUAAUUUCUACAAAGACCCUAUGGUUGUAAAUUGGUCAGAAUUUCAUUGCAAUCUUUGUGUUUUAGAAUUCAACAGUAAAAAUGAAUUGAUAGAGCAUAUCAUUGAAGAUAAAGUUCAUAGGAAUAAUAUAGAUAACAUAGGGAUAGACUAG